CGCCCGCGAUGACUGCCACUCUCCACCCCUACCUGAGUGCCGUGCGGGCCACACUGCAGGCUGCCCUCUGCCUGGAGAAUUUCUCCUCCCAGGUCGUGGAACGACACAACAAGCCGGAGGUGGAAGUCAGGAGUAGCAAAGAGCUCCUGUUACAACCUGUGACCAUCAGCAGGAAUGAGAAGGAAAAAGUUCUGAUUGAGGGCUCCAUCAACUUUGUACGGGUCAGCAUUGCUGUGAAACAGGCUGAUGAGAUUGAGAAGAUUUUAUGCCACAAGUUUAUGCGCUUCAUGAUGAUGCGAGCAGAGAACUUCUUUAUCCUUCUAAGGAAACCGGUAGAGGGGUAUGACAUCAGUUUUCUGAUCACCAACUUCCACACAGAGCAAAUGUACAAACACAAGUUGGUGGACUUUGUGAUCCAUUUCAUGGAGGAGAUCGACAAGGAGAUUAGUGAGAUGAAGCUGUCAGUCAAUGCCCGCGCCCGCAUCGUGGCUGAGGAGUUCCUCAAGAAUUUUUAAACCAUCUGACUGGAUCUCGAGGCCUUCCCCCUCAGGCUCCCCGGUGUCUCUGCAAAGGCGUCCUGGAGUUACUUCUCAGAGCGGCAGCAGCGGAAGCAGCGGAGGGGAACUGGGUUGGGGGUGGGCAUUAGAUGUGGGAGGUGGGUGGUGCGCUUGCUAGCUGGCAACAAAGCAGCAGUGGACCUGCCCCAAAGGCCACAUGUGCCUGGUCAGGCUGGCUUCUGAUGUUCAGUCCCCUGGGCCGGGACAGAUUUUUUUUAACGUCUUGAAAAUUUAAACUCUGUGCUU